AUGACUAGUAGCGAGAAGCCGCUUGACGGCAUUCCUAAAGAGCAUCAACAAGACUCCCGAAAUGCCAGCGAACAAGAAUAUGCCAUAAUUGCAGAGAAGACUGCAACGGCGAUUACUGCCCAAGGGCAAGCACUUCCGGUGGCCAACAAUACAUCUUCGACAUCUAAUCAUGCCCCUCCACCAGAACAGCAACAGCCCUCAUCCAAGCGUCAGUACCCUAGUAGAGGCCGCUGUCGGAUGUUUUUUCCCAGUUUCGGUCGUAUGGGCUUUGAAACUGUCAAAAUGUCGGAUGAACUGCCUCCAAUCGAGACCAUACGCGAGAUGAUCGAUUAUGAAACACGUAUUCGCUUAUCCAAGCCGAUUCAAGAGCUCAUGGACAUGUACCACAUGGAUGAGACUGCUGUUACUUUCAUGCACGAUCUCAUUCAACAACAUGUCGUGGACUAUUAUGGAUAUCAUGAUGUGAACGCAUUGCGUACCGCUUUGCAUCGUUUUCCAGACGAACCCGCAGUCAAAGCAGCUUUUUAUGUUAAGCACAACAAAGUCACUCAGGGCCUGAUCAAUCAAGGCCAGUGUGUUCGUGACGUCGAUUUGUUCACCCUAGAAGGUCAUCCUACGACUCUCUUCUCGCAAAUUCCAACUGACCAACCAUUGGUACUGUUGGCCGGCUCGAUCAGCUGA